GAAAAUGUCCAAAUUCCCUCUCAGAGAUGAAACCCUGCUGUAGGAUGAAAAGCUCGUUUCUUGCGCAAAGCAGCGUUUAGAAGGAAUGCUGGUCAUUUAUGCCUUUUCCAUUUCGAGUAUUGCGCUCGGUUCAGCCUUGUUGCACUGACACUUGUAAAAAGAGCACAGAUUUUCUUUUGAAUUACAAGUGGAGUCAUCUCGCCGCAAUCUGAAAGGAAAACCUUGCUAUUUAGAGAGGUGGUGUAAUUGAAUUCAACAUUGUCAUUAAGCUUUCCAAUUCCAAGAUAUAUUUUUUUGCAGUGCGCCUAAUGCUGAAGUCAUUCUCCGUUCCACACAGCAGCAACCAAGGACAAGAGAGCAUCAGCAGAGAGAGGGGGGAAAGAGAAGAGAGAGAAAGGUGCCUCCUCUCUCGCCAUUGCGAUAAUCGUCUCGGCGCUGAAUCGAUGUCGGUGCAAAUGCUGCUCUAACGGGAGGCGAUAGGAGCUGGAACGGAGGAGCGGGGGAUUUAACUUCACACACCGACCAAACCUAUGCGUGGAUUUCGGUUCUUUUUCCCUUCGCCAAUGCAAAAGGAAAUAUGCAGCGAAGCUUCACCAUCCUCUACACCAGUUUACUGGGGAUGUGCUUGGGUUCAAGCUCAAGUUUUCCAAGUAACAUCAAUAUAGGAGGAUUGUUCCCAACCGAAUCGCACGAAUAUGAGGUUUUUCGCUUCGCCCUGUCUCACCACCAGGACAUCCCCAAACUGGUGCCGCAGGUGGAUAUGGUCAAAAUGGGGAACAGCUUCUCCAUGACAUAUGCCUUUUGCUCCCAGUUCUCCAAAGGUGUGUACGCCAUCAUUGGUCUGUAUGACAGGAAGACGGUCAACAUGCUCAUGUCCUUCUGCGGGGCGCUGCACGUCUGCUUCGUCACGCCGUCCUUCCCCAUCGAGACGGCCAACCAGUUCGUCAUUCAGCUGAGGCCUGAGCUACAGGAUGCUCUGGUGGGAGUCAUCGAACACUAUGGAUGGAUCAAGUUUGUCUACAUGUACAGUUCUGACUCAGGCCUGUCAGUGCUGCAGAAGGUUCUGGAUACAGCAGCAGAGAGGAACUGGCUGGUGACCUCGGUCAAUGUGGAGACCAUGACUGAGGCCUCCUUCUUGAAAGUGUUCCAGGAUUUGGACAAGAGGAAGGAGGGCCAAAUUAUCAUCGACUGUGAGACUGAGAGACUCACUGGGAUACUCAGAAAGAUUGUGGAACAAGGAAAGAAUGCAAAGAGCUACCACUACAUUCUGGCCAACCUGGGUUUCCUGGACAUUGACCUGACAGACCUGAGGAAAGGCGGUGCCAACAUCACCGGCUUCCAACUCGUCAACAACUCCGAGCCGAGUGUGAGCCGCGUCGUUCAACAGUGGAUGGAGUUCGAUAACAAAGACUCCAAAGUGCCCAGGAGUGGACUCAAAUACACAGGCGCUCUCACAUACGACGGGGUGAAAGUUAUGUCCACGGCCUUCCAGAAUUUGCGGCGACAGAGGAUAGACAUCUCUCGCAGGGGCAACGCUGGAGAGUGUCUUGCCAACCCUCCAGCUCCCUGGGGGCAGGGCAUAGACAUCCAGAGAGCCCUGCAGCAGGUCCGUAUAGAUGGACUGACCGGUCACAUUCAGUUUAAUGAGAAAGGCCGCAGAACCAACUACACCGUUAGCGUCAUGGAGCUGGCCCCCUCCGGACCAAAGAAGGUCGGCUACUGGAAUGAAGAUGAGAAGUAUGUGACCACAGCCAGCUUCAUGAGAGGAAGCAACGAGACCUACGGGUUACAGAACAGAACUUACAUAGUCACCACUAUCUUGGAGUCUCCAUAUGUCAUGCUGAAGAAGCACCACGACCAGUUUUCGGGGAAUGAAAAGUACGAGGGCUACAUUGUUGAGCUGGCUGCAGAGAUAGCCAAGCAUGUGGGCUACCAGUACAAACUCAAGGUUGUCUCAGAUGGCAAGUAUGGAGCCAGAGAUCCCGAAACCAAGAUGUGGAAUGGCAUGGUUGGGGAACUGGUGUAUGGGAAAGCAGACGUGGCUGUAGCUCCACUCACUAUCACUCUGGUCCGUGAGGAAGUGAUCGACUUCUCCAAGCCCUUCAUGUCCCUGGGCAUCUCCAUCAUGAUCAAGAAACCCACCAAAUCCAAACCAGGCGUGUUUUCCUUCCUGGACCCGCUGGCUUACGAGAUCUGGAUGUGCAUUGUGUUUGCCUACAUUGGGGUCAGCGUCGUCCUCUUCCUUGUCAGCCGGUUCAGCCCGUACGAGUGGCACGCUGAGGACUACGAGGAGGGAGGGGAGCCCCAGUCUCCAACCCAAGCGUCGGCUACCAAUGGGGUGCAGCAGGGCCAAACACCGGCGCAACAGAACACCAACCAGCAGAGUCCAGAGCAGACCAAUGAGUUCGGCAUCUUCAAUUCCCUUUGGUUUUCACUCGGCGCCUUCAUGCAACAGGGCUGCGAUAUAUCACCACGCUCUCUGUCGGGCCGCAUCGUCGGAGGCGUGUGGUGGUUCUUCACCCUCAUCAUCAUCUCGUCUUACACUGCCAACCUGGCCGCCUUUCUGACUGUGGAGAGAAUGGUGUCUCCUAUAGAGAGCGCCGAGGAUCUGGCCAAGCAGACGGAGAUCGCCUAUGGAACGCUGGAUGCAGGCUCCACCAAAGAGUUCUUCAGGAGGUCGAAGAUUGCCGUGUUUGAGAAGAUGUGGUCCUACAUGAAGGCAGCUGACCCGUCCGUGUUUGUCAAAACGACAGACGAGGGGGUAAUGAGAGUCAGGAAGUCCAAAGGGAAGUACGCCUACCUGCUGGAGUCCACUAUGAAUGAGUACAUAGAGCAGAGGAAACCCUGUGACACUAUGAAGGUGGGAGGGAACCUGGACUCUAAAGGUUAUGGAAUCGCCACACCCAAGGGUUCCCCUCUCAGAAUCCCAGUAAACCUAGCGGUGUUGAAACUCAAUGAGCAAGCCGUCUUAGACAAACUGAAAAACAAAUGGUGGUACGAUAAAGGGGAGUGUGGCAGCAAGGACUCCGGAAGAAAGGACAAGACGAGCGCUCUGAGCCUCAGCAACGUGGCGGGAGUCUUCUACAUCCUGAUCGGAGGCCUGGGCCUGGCCAUGCUGGUGGCGCUGGUGGAGUUCUGCUACAAGUCCAGGACCGAGUCGCGCCGAAUGAAGCAAUCCAUCAACGACGCCAUGCGCUGCUCCACCCUCACCAGGAUGAGUGGCAACGGGAGCGGCGGAGAGAACGGACGAAUCCUCACCCACGACUUCCCCAAGACCGUUCAGACGCUGCCCUGUAUGAGCCACACCGCCAGCAUGGGACUGGGUGCCUCUGGCAUGUGAUCUCCACGCUAACUGUGCUUGUGGCGAUAGUGGGACAGGCAGGGUGGGGCAGGAGAAGAGCACAAGACUCUAUUCACCUCAAAAAUCAUGGCUGUCCGGUUUGACCCAUCUGUUCUCCUGGCUGUCAGCACGCCCGACUUGAACAAGACUUAACUUACUGCCAAAAUGCACUCUCGAACCGCUCCUUACAGAACUAUGAACUAUGAGACUCGCAACAUUUUUUUGUAAUGAGUGGAUGUUUGCAAAAGAAAUACCGCAAAAAGAAAGGGAAAUGUGCUGCAAUAAAGAAGCCGGGGCGCGUUUUUGAAUUUUUUACAGUGUUCAUUUAUGUGGAAAAAAAAAAACUUUAUUCUUCAGUGUGACGCCUGCGCUGUGCCAUUUCAAUGGAGCUGUUGACGUUAGUCUGCGUGUGCAAUAUCUUCGCCUCCACUGCUGACCUUGUACUACCUAGAUGCUUUCUGAUGGCUGAUGGAACAUGUCUUUGCACAGAUGUGGCUGAGGAGGACAAACACUUGUGACUGCUGCAAUGAUUUGAUAUUGUUUUUUGGGACAUUUCUGCCCUCUUUCACUCUCACAUUUACAUGCCAUUUCGAAAAGGACAAAGUGCUCUGUGUAGCAUAGCCAGUUUUCAUGAGACAGUACAUGGUUUACACUGUUGUAGAAGAGCUUUGUCAUAAGUAGAUGGAUUCGAUUUUUCUUGAGGGUUUAAUGCUGUUUAAGCCAGCAUUGAUCAGGCUACAAAAAAAAAAAAAAAAUGCAUUGCUG